GCCAGUAUGUAUCUCUUAUCGUCAGUUGUCUGGUGGAAAGCAACCAGUGAAAGUGCAUUGUGCUUCUUAUAAAGAAAAUUGAGUUUUUUUACCAACAUGGAAAAGGCCGAUAUUGGCGUAAUCGGUUUAGCAGUGAUGGGACGAAAUUUGGUAUUAAACUUGGUCGAUAACGGAUUCCGUGUUUCCGUUUACAAUCGAACAACUCGCCAAGAACGCUUAUUGCAGGAAUUUCUUGAAAAAGAAGCUAAGCAGUUGGUCGAUGCCAAAAAGGUCAUUGGUUCCUUUGAUCUUUCGUCUUUUGUUACAAAUAUUAAACAACCGAGACGCAUUCUGCUCAUGAUAAGUGCUGGGCAACCCAUUGAUUACGUGGUUGAUGAAUUGACACCUUUACUCGAUAAAGGCGAUAUAAUCAUGGAUGGCGGCAAUUCAGAACAAUCCGAUACCACACGCAGAUACCGAGCACUCCGCAAUGUUGGCUUACAUUUUAUGGGGAUUGGUGUUUCUGGAGGCGAAGAGGGUGCCAGACAUGGUCCAUCUAUUAUGCCAGGCGGAAGUCUUGAAGGAUGGUUGCACACCAAAGAUAUCCUGCAAGCAAUAUCAGCCAAAGCUGAUGGAAAACCAUGUUGUUCUUGGAUUGGAUUGGAUAUUUCUGGUAACCCAACAUCGUCGGAAGGCGCAGGACAUUUCGUCAAAACUGUCCACAACGGAAUUGGCUAUGCUGACAUGCAAUUACUUGCCGAGGCAUAUCAUCUCAUGAGAGAUGUUUUGAACAUGGACCUCACAGAAAUAGCUGAGGCAUUUGAUAACUGGAAUGCUGGCAAUCUUGAGUGGCGUUUAUUGGAAAACACGGCAGAAAUUCUCAGAUUUAAGGAUAAAUUUGGUGAUCAUCUGGUUGAAAAGAUUCGUGAUGCAGCCGCUCAAAAAGGCACGGGUAAGUGGGCCGUAAUUGAAGCUAUGAAUGCUGGUGUACCAGCAACAGUGAUAAACGAAUCAGUGUCCGCGAGAUUCGUUUCUGCCCUCAAAGAUGACCGUGUCGCAGCUUCCACAAAGCUAGUGGGCCCCAGUCAUCAGAAAUUUGAUGGUAACCUUGCCUCUAUGGUAGAUGAUAUAAGGAAGGCUGUUCAGGCAUCUAAAAUCAUUCUCUACGCCCAAGGUUUCAUGCUUCUACAGGAAAGUCUACCUCGGCUGUUUGGAUGUUACUUGAAUUGCGCUGAUUUAGCCCAAAUGUGGAGAGGUGGUUGUGUUAUUCGAAGUACUUUCCUGGAUCAUGUCAAAAACGCAUUUAUUCUGAAUCCUCAGCUGAAAAACUUGUUGAUGGAUGAAUAUUUUAUAACGACAUUGGCGGAUUUUCAAAUGUCUUGGCGCCGGGUUAUAGUAACCGCCAUCAACCAUGGGAUUCCAGCUCCGGCAUUUUCAGCAGCCCUAUCUUAUUAUGAUAGUUUUCGAUGUCCGCGACUUCCUGCCAACUUGUUGCAGGCCCAGCGGGAUUUUUACGGAGCUCAUACAUUUGAAUUACUAGAACAACCUGGCGUAUUUCAUCAUAACGAUUGGAAUCAAGGAAAAUCACAAUAAAUCAUCCUUUCCGAUCCAUUACAGUAUACAUGAUCAAUAUCACGUUUAUUAAUAUUAAAAAAUAAUAAUAAAAUAAGCGGAACAUGAA